AUGGGAUUGGACAGGGGAACAAUCUAUUUUAGUCCUUUCCCUAAAUUGCAGUUAAUGAUUUCAACUAGACUUCUAUAUAAACGGAAACUGGGAAUUGCAAACCAGCAGUUUUCCAUUGGAGAAGUUUACGCAAGCAGAACAAUGAUCCAAACGCCCCUGUUUGUGUUGGUGCUGACCACAUCGAUAUAUUUGACCAAUGCCCGGAUGUUAUGUGCGUGUGUUGGACCCCCCACUUUUGAUGACGUAGUCUGUUACUCGGACUUUGCUGUAGUUGCAACUGUGACUGAAGAUCCAACGGCUAACAAGUACAACCUGGACGUGCUGAGGAACUACAAGACUGAGAAAGCGCCGACUGAAGUGUACAAUAAAUUUGUUAUGGAAUGUGUUAAAGAACUGGAAAGUGGGAAAACCUACGCCCUCGGAGGUUCCAUUGUGAACGGCAAGGCUGUGAUAAGUGCGUGUGAUGUCUCAAUUGAAAUUGUUGACAACAAAAUGCCUCCCACUCCCCAGUGUUCACGUACCUGAUUGUAUUCACUCAUCGUUCUGCACUGAAUAAAAUUGUUCUUGAAACUC